CGCCUCAAUCUGUCACAGUGUCACUCACCCAGCCACCGCUGCCAGCCGCCCGCCGUCGUCUUCUUCGUCUCACCACCGGACACCUAUUCUGAAGUCUGAAGGAACAGAACAGAUCCGCGGCUCCGCUUCGUCCCUGUCUCUCAUCGUCUUGCCGUUGCCUUGCCGUUGCCGCGCCGUCGCCCUCGCCGUUGCCUCGCUCUUCUGCUCUGUCAAACAGCAACCUUAAACUGCACUUCUCCUAUGUUAUUCUAUUCUGUGUUGAAAACUUAAAAUUUCUGGGAUGAAUAUGCUUGUUGAAAUAUGAACAAAGGCACAGAAAACUGCAACAGGAGCAACAAUGAGGAGAAUUGUCAGUGCCAAUGAUCAUCUGGUCCAAAUAUGAACCUACCCUGAAAGAAAAAUUUCUGCAAAAGAAAAGCACGGAAAACAUGAAUUAGUAAGCAUCUCCUAAGUGAUAAAUUGGCCAGAUACAGUAAGUAAUUCAAAUAAUAUGCAGCAAUAUAACUAAAUUUUCCUGUUCAAUAAAUGUUUUGUAACAAACAAAUUACAACGUGAAAAGUACAUCUGGACUUAUUCCCCAAAGACCACCAGAAAAAUGUUCCCAAAUCAAUUUCUUAGAAGUUAACAUUUGGUGAUUCCUUAAAUUAGAGGAGAACAGCAUAGUAGAAUGUUUGAUUCACUUUGAUCAUGUCCACUUCUUAUGUAUUUAAUUUCCCAUCCAGUUUUCCAGAUUCUUUCGAUAGAACAAUAUCUCAGGCAUUGAUCAAAUCAUAAGUAAUAACUUGCAGCCUCCAUUGCCUCCAAAGCAAUUAGAGCUUUCGAAACAUUUCAUCAACGGUUAGAAAGAAACAGAAAGUUCAACAUUUUUUAUCCUACCCAAAUAAACUAUACUAAAUUUGACACGCCAAUCAGACAACCAAAUGGAUGUUACAGCUGCAAGGCUUCAUUAGUCAAUUCCUUAGAGAAAAACACCCUUAGAGACAUAUUUCCUAAAAAAUUAAAUUAGGAUGUAGCUCCACAUUUGUCAGAUGAAGAGCAACUUCCUGACUUCGAAAUCACUCCUUGGAUUUAGUUUAUGAAUUGUUAUUCUUAUUGUGUUUAAUUAAGAUACUAAUGUACUAGUACUAACUAAUUUCAUGUUUAUCUUUCUAUUAGUUAUAUUUAAACUUUGAAACUUGGUUGUUUUUAAAAUGUUGGUGAAGAACUAAAGAUAUGUAUUUUGAAUUUAUUAAGUUUAUGACUAUUUUUAGUAUUUUAUAUUUUUUAUUUAUGUGAAACCGGUUUUAUCGGUUCAACCAGCUGUUUAUCGGUUGAACCAAUAAACCAGUGAACCAGUAACCUGACUGGUUUGAUCACCGGUUCGGUUCUUACAACUAUGCUCGCACAACGCAAGCAGCAGGCAGCACCGCUACUGGCAUCAGCUCUCCUCGCUAACUCACUCUCGUCGUCUGGGUUCACCGGUAGUUCGCUUCGCCGUCGUCUCUGGUUCUACUCGCCGUCGCUGGUCUGCUCGCCGUUGCCGUCGUGUUUCAUCCAACUGCCUGGUGACGUUAGUUACCUGCUGCCCUUUUUGUCUUUGGCUUCUUCGUUACUUAAUUAAUUAAUUUGUUGUAUUAGUAAUUAGUUGAUUUAGGGUUUUAAAUUUUAGAUAAUUAGUUUAUUGGUAUUUAAUUGGCUGAUUAGUAAUUAGUUUUGAAAUUUAGAUGUUUAAUUAGUUUGUUUAUUGACAAAACUUUUGGAGGGAGCGAAAUUGAAAUGCUGAAAGAACACCCAGUAUUUGUUGCAGUUAUUUAGUUGUUAUGAGUAUAAGAGUGAAGAUAAGGAGGAUAAAAUUGUAAAUGACCAAACUGUUUUAGAUGCAGGGCAGUUAUGAAUCUGUUGUAAGCUGUUAAGUUUGUUAUACUUAUAAUCCAUUUUCCUCUUAGUGAUCAGAAAGUAUUAUUCAGUUUUCAUUUCUUCUUCUCUAGUUUACUUCUUCUCUGCUACUCUUCUAUUUUGGUUUCUUUUAGCUUCUUGCAACUCAAGGUUCAGAGUUGCUUUCAGUUGAUAUUUGUUGUGACUCUUACUGCUUGAAUCUUGAAACAUUGACACUCCUAGCAUGACUAAGGAGACUUACCCUGUGAUGUCACAUACUUGCAUUUGAGAUUUUUGAAAUAGGUGCAAUUGCAAUAGGUGCAGGAGCAGUGGCUGCAUAAACACUAGUAAUUAGUUGAUUUAGCUUAUUAAAUUUUAGAUAAUUAGUUUGUUAAUUGGCUGAUUUAGUAGUUGGUUUUAAAUUUGGGUUUUUAAUUGACUGAUUUAGAUUUUAUAAUUUAUAUUUUUAUUUAAUUAUGACCGAGUCAACUAAUUAAAUAGUUCGAUCAGUAAUUCAAUAGUCCGAUGGGUUUGAUUAUCGGUAAGCUACUGGUUGAACCAGUGAUUCCGAUCAGUUUGAUUAGCGAUUAUGUUCUAAUAUCUAUGGUGCAGACCUCUACAAUAAGUAAAUAACCCAAACCUGAUUGAAAUAACUGGUUUGGUUGUCUUGUUUUUAAACCGAUUCCAUAAAACCAAACUUCCCAGGUAGUGUCUUUGAACCCCGAAACCUGACAAGGGGACAUUGGCUUGCUCUUCCUCUUACGGUUUGCCACUUCUAACUCUCCCUCUGUCUCUUUCUCUCAAUGGGUUCCUAUGCUCAAUCUUGAUCAGAAUUGAAAUGAUUUCUCUACUAAUCUGUCUCAUUAGUUGUGAUUUUGAAAAAGUUUCUUGCAGUUUCUUGCCCAUAAGGUGUUUGUGUUAUUGUCUCUGAGUCUAAUAAUUUCUUUGAGAGCUUAUGCUUUAUGUACCUUUUUGUGCUUGGGUCGUCAUUCAGUCGCCUUUGCUUUGUUUUGGGUAAUAUUUUCAGAAUACAAGUGUAGGAUGAUCCUUUCCACAGCUCCGGAAGUAACAACAGUUCUUGCUUUUUGUUUGAAGUAGUGGAUGUCUCCAGCCUCCACAACAAUAGCAUGCUCUUGCGCUGCAGUUCACUGAAGUGCAAGCUGCUACUGCCAUUGCCACUGCCACUGCCACUGCCGCUCCCACAACUCAUCACUACUCGCCUCUCUUCUUGUUCCACUGUUACAGUCAAUCCUACAAUCUUGAAACAAUGCAGUUCCAUAACCCAUGCCAAGCUCCUGCAACAGCAAGUCACAGUGCAGGGCCUUCUCCACCACUUCACCCGCCACCUCGUUGCCACAUACAUCGCACUCAGCUCCACCAUCCGUGCCACUGUCCUCCUCCUCACACUCCCCCCAUCGCCUCUCUCUGUUUUCUGGUGGAAUCAGCUUAUAAGGCGCUCCCUUCAUCACGGGGACCCUCAUGGCUCCCUUGCCCUCUACCAUCAGAUGAAGGCUCAUGGGUGGACCCCUGACCACUACACCUUCCCUUUUGUCUUUAAGGCCUGUGCUGAUAUUCCCUCUUUCUCUGCCGGCACUUCCCUCCACGCUGCUGUUCUACGAUCUGGCUUUGACUCUAAUGUCUUCGUUUGUAAUGCUGUGGUUGGCAUGUACGGUAGGUGUGGCUCUCUCCAAGACGCGCGCAACAUGUUUGAUGAAUUGUGCCAAAGGGGAAUUCAGGACUUGGUCUCUUGGAAUUCCAUUGUGUCUGCUUGUUCUCGUGCUUAUGAGACAAAUACGGCACUUCAAUUGUUUGUUGAAAUGACCACCCGUCAUUGGGUGUCGCCAGAUCCUGUGAGCCUUGUUAACAUACUUCCUGUUUGUGCUUUUGUUGGUUCUUCGAUGCAGGGGAAACAGGUUCAUGGGUUUGCUGUUAGGAGUGGGUUGGUGGAUGAUGUUUUUGUGGGGAAUGCUAUUGUUGACAUGUAUGCCAAGUGUGGUAAGAUGGAUCAAGCAAACAGGGUUUUUGAAAGGAUGAAAUUGAAGGAUGUUGUUUCUUGGAAUGCUAUGGUCACGGGGUAUUCUCAGACUGGAAUGUUUGGGGAUGCUUUCUCUCUGUUUGAGCAGAUGCGGCAGGAGAAUAUAAAGCUGGAUGUUGUGACAUGGACGGCUGUGAUCGCCGGGUAUGCCCAGAGAGGGCAUGAUUCUGAGGCUUUGGACGUGUUUCGGCAGAUGUGCAACUGCGGAUCUCAGCCGAAUGUUGUUACUCUGGUGUCUCUGCUUUCCGGCUGUGCAUCUAUUGGCGCAUUGCUUCAUGGGAAAGAAACUCAUUGUUAUGCCAUCAAAUUUAUGCUGAACUUGGAUGGAAAUGAUCCACGGGAUGAUCUGAUGGUAAUUAAUGGUCUGAUUGACAUGUAUGCUAAGUGCAAAAAUGUUGCUGUAGCCCGUACAAUGUUUGAGUUGAUACCUCCCAAGGAUAGAGAUGUGGUUACCUGGACUGUGAUGAUUGGUGGUUAUGCACAGCAUGGUGAUGCCAACCAUGCACUACAACUUCUCUCUGAAAUUUUCAAAAUGGGUAACUCUUUAAAGCCCAAUGAUUUUACUUUAUCUUGUGCCCUCAUGGCUUGUGCUCGUUUAGCAGCAUUGAGAUUAGGAAGGCAAAUACAUGCUUAUGUGUUGCGCAAUCGGUAUGACUGCGUUGUUCUAUUUGUGGCCAAUUGUCUAAUAGACAUGUACUCCAAAUGUGGAGAUGUGGAAACUGCUCAAGUUGUUUUUAAUAACAUGCCAGAGAAAAAUUCUGUAUCUUGGACAACUCUAAUGACAGGUUAUGGUUUGCAUGGACGUGGUGAAGAUGCUAUCCAGGUUUUUGAUGAGAUGAGGAAAGUUGGUCUAGUGCCAGAUGGCAUAACCUUUCUUGUUCUGCUUUAUGCUUGUAGUCAUUCAGGAAUGGUGGAUCAUGGAAUCAAUUUCUUUUAUAGAAUGAGACAGGACUUUGGGGUUCCUCCUGGUGCAGAGCAUUAUGCAUGCAUGGUUGAUCUUCUUGGUCGUGCUGGUCGCUUAGAUGAAGCCGUGAAACUCAUUAAUUGCAUGCCCAUGGAACCAUCUGCAGUAGUGUGGGUGGCCUUGCUUAGUGCAUGUAGGAUACAUUCAAAUGUAGAGCUUGGGGAACUCGCUGCAAGUCGAUUAGGGGAAUUGGAGUCUGGGAAUGAUGGGUCAUACACUCUGCUUUCAAACAUAUAUGCUAAUGCUAGACGUUGGAAAGACGUGGCUAGGAUUAGAUAUUUGAUGAAAAAUACAGGUGUCCAAAAAAGGCCUGGCUGUAGUUGGGUCCAAGGAAGGAAAGGCACUGCAACCUUCUUUGUGGGAGACAGAUCCCACUCGCAAUCUCAGCAGAUAUAUGAAACACUUGCAGAAUUGAUUCAACGCAUUAAAGCCAUUGGAUAUGUUCCUCAGACAAGCUUUGCUCUUCAUGAUGUAGAUGAUGAAGAAAAAGGUGACCUGCUUUUUGAACAUAGUGAGAAAUUGGCCCUUGCCUAUGCCAUCCUAACAAUUCCUCCAGGAUCUCCUAUUCGGAUCACCAAGAAUUUACGCAUUUGUGGUGAUUGCCACAGUGCCAUAACCUACAUAUCCAUGAUUGUUGAACAUGAAAUCAUACUGCGAGACUCAAGUCGCUUCCAUCAUUUCAAGAAUGGUUCCUGCUCAUGCAAAGGUUAUUGGUGACAGUGGUAUCAUUCUGAUCAUUUAAAUGUAGAGCAUGCUUGCAACGAUAGGUGACUAUCUUGUUGUGCAAUACUCAUUAGACAUAAUACAAUUAUCUUUAUAAUUAUUAACUAUUUUAAGGCCUUAACUAGUGCAAUAAACCAAUCCUAUAAUGUCUUCAAGUUUAUAAUUGGUAAACACAAGGUUGUAUUCUGAUUGGGAAAUUAUGCCAACAUCUUGCUUAUAUAAAGUCUUCUAAUUGAAUACUAAAUGUUGAUUGAUAUAAAUACUUCAUUAACCAAUUAUAAAUGACUUGAAAAUUUUGUUGUGCCAAUAUUAUGAUGGAAUCUGUUUUUUCUUGUAAACUUCAAAAAAUAGAUAUACUAGGAUUGAGCCAUGAAAAUAGUUUAUUGGUAUAUUACUCCUAGUAUUUCACAUGAUGGCUUUAAGGAUUUGAUCUUUGCCACUUAAUUGUAUGGAGAAAAAUUCUUGCUUAGGUAUUAACACAUUAUAUUUUGUCAUAUGCACAAUAAAGAUGGUGGACCCAUGAAAACAAUGACUGUAUCUUGAAUAUAGUUCAAUUAUAUCCAUGCAAGAAUCACUAGUGUAAUGUGAGCCUAAGCAAGUUUGAAAAGAUCUCUCGUGUAAUGUAAUGAUCCAGUCCGUGGUAUCUCUCUAUAAUUCCAGUUUGUCUUAAAGUUUGCAUGUCCUUCAUUGGUUUGUUGUAUUCUGUCAUACGGCCAGGAUGGUAUGAUGAUGAUCGAGCGGUAAGUGAGCAAGUUUGGUAGUAUAGCAUGAAGUUAUUUUCGUGGAAUAUUUUACAAAUGAUUUGGUAUCCAGAACUGAAAAAUAAAACAAGAUAAAAUGAAAAUAAAGGCUCACAUUCAGCUCCUCUACUGCUUCAAGCUCCAUAGUCCUAGAGUCAAGCUCUUCCAUCCCACUGGGGAAGAUGUCUGCGAAAUCACCUAGUCCUUGCUUCCUAGGCAAGGGAAAAGAUGCAGUGAGGCUUAGUAAUAUUGGUGUUUUGCUCUGCUUUUUUAUGGUAGUUUCUGUUUGAAUACUUUUCAAACUCUGGUGUGAGGAUCCAAAUGACUGUGUUCCAAUCUCAGCCUCAGGUGCCUUCUUCGUGUGGCGUGUUAAUUAUUGUUGACUGGUAGGCUGUUGCCUGGCAGUGACCUAGUAUUAACUAUUAAUAGUAUACCCUGCCUUCAUCACUCUUGUUCCACUUUUUGCAUUUUGCUGGUGCAGAGGCUGAGAGAUGCAGGUUUGAACCAGCAGAUCUCCAAGGUCAAAGAUCACCAGCACAUUCUCGAAGAAGAGUUUCAAUGUCUCGGCGAGGAUGUGGUGGGUUUGAAUUAGUUUUCUAUAAUAGGUUUGAUUUUAUCCUAGUGUAUUCUUUCAACAAAUAUAUGAAUAACUAGAUGAUUACUUAUUUCUUUAGUCUGAUUUGAGCAAUGUAAAAACAUAAUGCUCUGCUAGAGGCUUUAGUUUAAAAUCAGUAAAUGUU